AUGGAGACGAAAGUAUUGAAGAUUAAUCCCUCAUCGUUCGCCGAUGAAGAGCUGGCCGAGGCAGUGGAGCUCAUCCGCCAAGGCGAGCUCGUUUCCUUUCCCACGGAAACAGUGUAUGGGCUGGGCGCGAAUGCACUGGACAACGAAGCCUGCAAGAAGAUCUUCCAAGCCAAGGGGAGGCCAUCGGACAACCCGCUGAUCGUGCACAUCUCUUCGAUGGAAAUGCUUCACACCGUGGCCGCCAGCGUGCCACCGAAAGUGGACGAGUUCCUCACCCGGUCGCAGUUCUGGCCGGGGCCUCUCACCAUCCUCUUCCCUAAAAAGGAGAAUGUCCCUCAGGCGGUGACUGCCGGCCAGACCACCGUGGCCGUUCGCAUGCCCAGCCACCCCAUCGCCCACAAACUGAUUGCCCUCUCGGGCGUUCCGAUUGCGGCGCCGAGCGCCAAUAUGUCCGGGCGACCGAGCCCCACGACGGCGGGCCACGUCAUCGCCGACCUCACGGGGAGGGUCAAGUGCAUCGUCGACGGCGGCGGCACCUCGGUGGGCCUCGAGUCCACGGUCCUCGACAUGAGCCGAGAUCCGCCCAUGGUGCUGCGACCAGGGGGCAUCACCCACGAGCAGCUCAAGAAGUACCUGCCGGACGUCGUGGUCUAUGGCCAGGGCGGCCACAAGGACCAGUCCAUGGAGGACAAGCCGCCCACGCCGGGCCUCAAGUACCGCCACUACUCGCCCAACGCCUACGUGGUCCUCUUUGAUCUGGCCCCGCCCCCCAAGGAAGGCGGAGACCACGCGGACACCGGCGGCGGCGGCCUGCGCAUGGGCGAGGAGCUCAUCGCGCGGGUGCGGAAGGCCCUCGACGACAAGCAGAGCGUGGGCAUCAUCCACACGCACCGGGAGAUCGAGCUGCCCGCGGACCUCAAGGCCCUGGCGCGACACGUCGGCGACGCCGGAGGGGACAGCGGCGCGGACGACCCGCGGGAGCCGCUGCUGGUGUACCCGGUCGCGGUGGAGGUGGACCAGACCGACGAGGAGGGCAGGGAGCGAUUCGCCGCCGAGGUCGCCCGAGGCCUCUUCAAGGCGCUCCGGGGGCUCGACGCCCGAGGCGUGGACAUCAUCUUUGUCGAGGGCAUCGACGAAAGCCACACCGGCUACGCCGUCAUGAACCGAUUGCGGAAGGCCGCCGCUGCGUCCGUGCACUGUGUUGGUUUGUGA